UCCCCCUCCGACAAGGUUGACUUGCCCGCGACCCUCUGACGUCUUUUUCCCUGUUCUACCGAAUCGACUCGCUUUUCCCGUCCUUCUUCGGUAUCCUUCUUCUUCCUCCUCCCUACUCACAGUCAAACGCCAUGUUGCGCUGGUACCAGAGCAAGUUGGCCAAGAGGCCUAUCCUCACAGCCAGCAUCACGAGCGCCGUGUUGUUUGGUAGCGGUGAUGUCCUAGCCCAGCAGGCCGUUGACCGGAGAGGACUGGAGAAGCAUGACUUCGCUCGCACCGGGCGCAUGGCUCUCUACGGUGGAGCUGUCUUCGGUCCCGUCGCCACCACUUGGUUCGGUAUCCUGCAACGCCAUGUCGUCUUCAAGGGCACUGCAACCACCACCGCCGCUCGCGUUGCGGCCGAUCAGAUUCUCUUUGCGCCCAUUCAGCUGACCUGCUUCCUAUCCUCGAUGGCCAUAUUGGAGGGCAGUGACCCGAUCGAGAAGUGGAAGACUGCCUUUGCACCCGCGUACAAAGCAAAUCUGAUGGUCUGGCCGUUUGUCCAGGGUGCCAACUUUGCGUUCGUGCCCCUUGAGCUUCGUGUGCUGGUGGUCAACAUUGUCAGCUUGGGGUGGAACUGCUUCCUUAGCUUGAUGAACAGCGGCGAGGAAUAAUCGGUGUAUUGGAGGGAUUUACACAAAGAAAAACGAUCUGGCGUGUCCUCAAUCUUCUACUGCAUUUGUCCAUCAUUUCAUUUUGGCGAUACCAUCGGCAUUUACUAUAGAGGGAUUCCACGGUCGCUGUUUGGGGUUUUCAUUUCAUCAAUUGGGGCUAUAUACACACUGCUUUCGGGUUAUGUACUACAAGGGAUACUCUGCUUUAUGGGAUUUGGGAUUUGUAAUUUUCUAGAGUCAUGAGAAGAAAUCAAGCUGGGCAA